CAGGUCACUUUCAACAUGGAGAGUGGAGCUGGGAAGCAUUGGACUGAAGAGGAGGUUAAAGCUUUGCUAAGUAUCUGGUCAGAAAAAAACAUAAGGAAACAACUUUACGGAACACUAAGAAAUAAAGGAAUAUUCAUCUACAUUGCCAAAAGGCUUCAGGAAAAAGGCAUUUUCAGAGGCUGGAAACAGUGUCGGGCAAAGUAUAAAAAUCUGAAGUAUGAAUACAGGACAGUCAAAUAUGCCCACAACUCUGGAGAUGUCUCUAAAACUAUGAAGUUCUUUCAUGAGCUGGAUGUGAUAUUACAAUAUGAACCGGUCUCACAAUUAACAGAAGAUGAAGACAGCAGGUACCUGGCAACUGAGACCCAGCUGGACAUAAAUACAGCUCCAGGGAACACCAAAGGUGAAAUACCAGUUGCACUAGAAGAUGAUGAGGAUAUCUCAAGGGAUCCUUUACUUUUUAUUUCCCAUAUCAGACCAAUGGAACUAGGUAAACCAACUUCAAUACUGGAUUCUUCAAAUAAUCCAACAUUUAUUCCAAGUGUAGCAAAUGAAGGAGGAAAACACUGGACUAUAAACGAAGUCAGGGCUCUAAUAGGCAUUUGGUCAGAAAAAAACAUUCAAAAACAACUAGAGGGAACCAUGAGAAAUAAAAGAAUAUUUGAACAAAUUGCUGCCAGACUUCAAAAAUUUGGUAUAGACAGAGAUUGGAAGCAGUGUAGAACAAAAUAUAAAAACUUGAAACAUGAAUACAAGAUUGUAAAAAAUUCUCAAGACUUGGGAACAACAAAAAGUAUGAAAUUUUUCGCUGAGUUGGAUGCUAUUCUGGGACAUACUACAGAACAAUCACAGAAACUAGAAAACGAAGGAAGACAAAGACCUAUAAAACAGACAGAUAUAAAAAUGGAAAAGGACAAUAUGGUAAUUUCUGAAGAUGUAGUUGAAGGUUCAAUUAGCAACAUAUCUGAAGACCUAGGAGAAACAGCUGUAAAAGAAAAUCAUCAUACAGUUCAAGAUCCAGAUAAAGAAGUUGUAACAGUUGAAGACCCAAAAGUUUUACACAUAAAAAGAGAAAGUUUAGACAUGGAUGAGGACUCCUUAAGUACUGCUUCAGAAGACCUGGGUGGCCCAGUAGAAACAGAUGAAGUAAAUGGGCCAGAUAAUUACAUCCCUUUGGAAGAUGCUCAUAAUCACUUAAAGAUCAUCACAGUUAGUGAUGCUGAGGCUGGAAAACACUGGUGUGACAAUGAAGUCAGAGCACUAAUACACAUAUGGUCAGAUGAAAAAAUUAGGCAAAUGUUGGAAGGGGCAACAAGAAACAAAGAAAUAUUCAAGGAAAUUGCUAGAAGACUACUGCAGUUUGGAAUAGAUCGAGACUGGAAGCAAUGCCGUACAAAAUAUAAAAAUUUAAAAUAUGAGUAUCGAGUGCUACAAAAGAAGACUAAUAACCUUGGGAGUAACCCUGGAAGGAAAAUGAGGUUUUAUGAAGAAAUUGAUUGCAUCCUAAGACAACAGAAUCUUGGAAAACACAGCUGGAAAAAUAGCUCUAGUCUUAUAUCAGAAUCAGGUGAAGGUCAUGUCAUGACUGCAAGAUCUUUGAACAAGAGAAAAGCAUAUGAAAAUGAACUGGUCCCUCUCCCUCUAAAAAGGAGUGCUUCUGACACCACUAUGCAUCAAUUCCACCAGAGUAUAACAGAACAAAAAAAUUCUACAGAUAAUCUCUGUAGACAGGAAACAAAGCAAGUUAGCCUGCCUCAGUCUGCCAACCAGGUUUCUUCGGUCCUUACGUUAUCUGCCGCCUCUCGCUGCACAGCCAAGGAAAUGGCUACCGCAGAAGUGAUGAAUAUUGGUAAGAAACUCUAUGAAGGUAAAACAAAAGAAGUCUAUGAAUUGUUGGAUAGUCCUGGAAAAGUCCUCUUGCAGUCUAAAGACCAGAUUACUGCAGGCAACGCAGCUAGAAAAAAUCACUUGGAAGGAAAAGCUGCAAUCUCAAACAAAAUUACCAGCUGUAUUUUCGAGUUGUUACAGGAAGCAGGUAUCAAAACUGCUUUCACCAAAAAAUGUGGUGAGACAGCUUUUAUUGCACCUCAGUGUGAAAUGAUUCCAAUUGAAUGGGUAUGUAGAAGAAUUGCAACUGGUUCUUUUCUUAAAAGAAAUCCUGGUGUCAAAGAAGGAUACAAGUUCUACCCACCUAAAGUAGAGUUGUUUUUCAAGGAUGAUGCCAACAAUGAUCCACAGUGGUCUGAAGAACAGCUUAUUGCUGCAAAAUGGUGUUUUGCUGGACUUAGCAUAGGUCAGACUGAAGUGGAUAUCAUGAGUCAUUCCACACAGGCUAUUUUUGAAAUACUGGAAAAGUCCUGGUUGCCUCAGAACUGUACAUUGGUUGACAUGAAGAUUGAAUUUGGUGUUGAUGUAACUACAAAAGAAAUUGUACUCGCUGAUGUUAUUGAUAAUGAUUCCUGGAGACUCUGGCCAUCUGGUGAUCGAGCCCAACAGAAAGACAAACAGUCAUACCGGGACCUUAAGGAAGUGACUCCUGAAGGCCUCCAGAUGGUGAAGAGAAACUUUGAAUGGGUUGCAGAAAGAGUGGAGUUACUUCAGAAAGUAGAAAGUUCAUGCAGAGUUGUUGUAUUGAUGGGCUCUACUUCUGACCUUGGUCAUUGUGAAAAAAUUAAAAAGGCUUGUGGAAACUAUGGAAUUCCCUGUGAACUCCGAGUAACAUCUGCCCAUAAAGGGCCAGAUGAAACUCUAAAGAUUAAAGCAGAAUAUGAAGGCGAUGGUGUUCCUACUGUAUUUGUGGCUGUAGCUGGCAGGAGCAAUGGUUUGGGACCUGUGAUGUCUGGUAACACUGCAUAUCCAGUAGUCAACUGUCCUCCGCUUACACCUGAUUGGGGAGCUCAAGAUGUAUGGUCCUCACUUCGAAUGCCUAGUGGUCUUGGCUGUUCAACUAUACUUUCUCCUGAGGGAGCAGCUCAGUUUGCAGCCCAGAUAUUUGGAUUAAAUAACCAUUUGGUAUGGGCUAAACUUCGAGGAAGCAUAUUAAACACCUGGGUUUCUUUGAAGCAAGCAGAUAAGAAAAUCAGAGAAUGCAGUUUAUAAGAAAAUGCAAUGCAUUUUAAAGAUUGGAAAACAAAAAAUUCUAAUUUAGCUACAAAGAAUAUUACAGAUCAGGAGAGAGAAAAGAUGAUUAUAAACAAAUCAUAGAAAACUACUAAUAAAAUUUCUUGGUUUUAUAUCUUAAGUUCACAGUGAGGGGUUGGGGAGAGAGAAUGUGUGUGUGUUUUUUAUCUUUAGUAUGUACAUUCCUUUAUAGGAAAACUUUGUAAUCCUGGCUGGAAAAUGUUUUUAUGAUCCAUUACCCAGUAUUCACUUAAUAGUUAGUCAGUCAUGUUGGGUCUCAGAGAUAAAUGCAAUUAUUAAUUUCCUACUUUAGAGCUAGCUCUCUAAAAUUACUACCAGACAACCUGCAAACACCCUAAAUUUAGAAGAUUAAAACAGAGAUAUAGCUGGAAAUAAUAGUAAGAGCCAUGAUUUUUAUCUCCUGUUUGCAUUGUAGUCAAUUAAAACCUCAUGUUCAUAA